UUUAGUUUGAAAAAAAUGAUGUAAUUCACGUGUUUUCAUCAUAAUCUAUUGAACUUACUUAUUAGAUUGUUAUAUUACUUUAUAAAUGGAACACAAGACUAUUGUCAUCAUCAUCGUCAUCAUCACCAUGAUCGUCAUCAUGAUCAUGAUCAUCAAUGGGAAUGAUUUCUUUCACAUAUAUUUUUCAUCUACUUUUGACUGGAUACUUUACUUUCAAACACACACACACACACACCCACAAACAUACACACUCGCACACACAUACACACACAUACAGAUUGGCGCACAUGUACUCACAAUAGCCCAUUUAAAGAAGCUUUCUACAUAUCAUUCAUUCAUUCAUUCAUUCAUUCAUUCAUUCAUUCAUUCAACCAUCCAUCUCUCGAUUCACUUCGCUCAAUUUAUUUCCAUCAGAAUGAAAUGGAAUCUUUUUCAUAAGAAACAUUAUACUACUGAUAAUCAUCAUUCAUCUACUACACGUACAAUAUAUGCUCAUCAUUAUAAGAAUUUAAAUGGUGAACCAUAUCAUCAUAAUUAUUGUAAUAAUCAUAUUCAUUCAACACAUUAUAAAUGGUAUAAUUUUUUUUAUAAAAAUCUCUAUGAACAAUUUCAUAAUAUAGCAAAUAUUUAUUUUUUAUUGAUUAUUAUUACUUAUUUUUUUGUGGAUGAUAGUGGGAAUGCCUCAGUAACUAUUAUCCCAUUAAUUGUUAUCCUAACCAUCACAAUGAUUAAAGAUGGUUUAGAUGAUUUAUUACGUUAUCAUUCGGAUCAACAAUUAAAUUCCAUUGAAUAUCGAGUAUUAACAAUUGAUUUUCAUCGAAAAUCAAUAAAUUGGAUCUUAAAAAAAUCUUCUUUAUUAUUAGUUGGUGAUGUAAUUUAUUGUCAAAAUAAUCAAUCAUUUCCAUGUGAUUUAUUAUUAUUAUAUUCAUCUAAUAAUAAUGGACAAGUUAAUAUUACUACAAUGAAUUUAGAUGGGGAAACAACCAUUAAACAAUAUUAUUCAUUAAUUGAAUAUCAAUCAAUUUAUUCACAAUAUUCAAAUAAUCAUUUAAUUGAAACACAUUUAAAACAAUUCAAUUUUCAAUUUAUCAUUGAACAAUUAUAUUUACAUGUGAUCUGUCAACAACCCAAUGAGAAUUUAAUGACCUUUCAAGGUCAUUAUGAAACCGCUCAACAUUUAAACCAUCAUGAUGAUGGAGGUGGGGAUGGGGGUGAAGGUGGUAGUGGAACAUAUUUACCAUUAAAUAGGAAAAAUUUAGUAUUACGUGGAUCUAAAUUAAUAUCUACAGAUUAUAUCAUUGGUUUAGUUAUUUAUACUGGUAAAGAUACAAAAUUAUCAUUAAAUAGUAAAAAUUCACAAAGAAAAUAUAGUACACGUGAAAGAUUAUCUAAUAUUAUUUUAUUAAUGUUUAUGGUUGCCAUGGUAACUAUCACAUUCAUUGUUACUAUCAUAUCAACUUUAUGGAUAAAACAAAAUAUCAAUAAAAUAUGGUAUAUUACAUUUGAAUUAUUAACAAUAUGGCAAUUUAUUAGUAGUAUAUUUCGUUAUUUAUUUAUUAUUAAUUAUUUAAUACCAAUAUCUAUUAUAGUAACUACAGAAUUUCAACAAUUACUAUUAGCUUAUUUUAUAUCGAAUGAUAUUACUAUGUAUAAUUCAAUAGAGAAUAUAAAAAGUCAUGCAAAUAAUUCACAAUUAUCCGAUGAAUUAGGUCAGAUUGAAUUUUUAUUCUGUGAUAAAACUGGAACAUUAACACAAAAUUUAAUGAGAUUAAAAUCAUGUUGUUUAUUAUCUAAUGAACAAUUAUAUCAAUUUCAUAAUGAUCAGGAUCAAGAUCAAGAUCAGGAUCAAGAUCAAGAUCAGGAUCAGGAUGAUGAUCAUCAUAAUAAUACUACUGAAUUAACUACUUAUAAUGUAUUGAAUUCAUCUUUGAUAUUAUCACAGAUGAAUGAAAAGUUUCGUGACUUUUUAACUAUCAUAUCAUUAUGUCAUACUGUUGAAUUAAAAAAUCAUACUCAAAUGGUUAGUAAUAAUAAUAAUGAUAAUAAUAAUGUACAAGAAUCAUCAAUGAAUACUGAUGAACCAUCUAGAUUUUAUGAAUAUGAAGCGACAUCACCUGAUGAGAAGGCUUUAGUUGAAGGUGCUUCAAAACUUGGUGUUGUCUUUUCAGGCAAAGAACCUGAUUUCAAUGAGACUGGUUCAUAUAAAUUAUAUAUUGACUAUUGGUCAUAUUCAUCAACAACAAUAAAAGAGUCAAAUAAUGAGAAGUUUAUUGAUCGUCAAUGUUAUAUUGUUGAUGCAGUACUGGAAUUUGAUCCAACACGUAAACGUAUGAGUGUUAUGGUACGUUAUCCUGAUGGAACAUGUUGUGUAUUGAGUAAAGGAGCAGAAACUGCAAUUUUAGAUCCUGAGAGAUGCAGUACUACAUCUGGUUAUCUACGUUCACGUGCUAUUCAUUAUGUUAAUGAAUAUGCAAUUCAUGGUUUACGUACACUUGUAUUUGCGAAACGUAUAUUACAUAAAUCUAUUUAUAUGAAAUUAUUAGAACAGUUCAAAUAUGCCUCUAGUCUAUGCGAUAAUGAACGUAUUCAUGCAUUAAAACAAUGUUAUAAUGAAAUUGAAUAUGAUAUGAUACCAAUAUAUGUUACUGGUAUAGAAGAUAAAUUACAACCUGGUGUAAAAAAUUGUAUAAAAGCUUUAAAAGAAGCUGGAAUACAAAUAUGGAUAUUAACCGGUGAUAAAGCUGAAACAGCAAUUACAGUAAGUCAAUCUAUUGGACAUUUUACAUUGAAUAUGUCAUUAAUAAGAAUAAUGAAUUGUCAAUCAUUACAAUCAACAGCAUAUAAAAUUUAUGAACAAUUAGAUGCAUUAUAUUCAUAUCAUAAUAAUCAUAAACAAAAACCUAAUCAUCAUUCUAUAUUAACAAUGUCAAGAAUUAAAAUAAUAAACUAUACUAGAAAUUCAUUUCAUAUAUCCUCCUCCUCCUCCUCCUCCUCAUCAUCAUCAUCAUCAUCAUCAUCAUCAUCUACUUCAAGACCAUCUUCAUGUAUGGAUGGACCAUACAAUAAUAAUACUAAUAGUAAUGGUAAUAGUAAUAAUAAUGAUGUUUAUUAUUAUGAUUCAAAUGAAAUCAUCUUCAAUAAGAAAGGUUGUAUAAUUAGUCGAUAUAUAAGACGAAAGCAUAAAAAGCAUCCUGGUAUGGCAAAUGAAUCAAUUGGUCUUGUUAUUGAUGGAAAAACUUUACAAUAUGCAUUACAUACCUCAGUACGCGAUGCAUUUCUAGAAUUAUGCAUGAAUGUUACAACAGUGUUAUGUUGUCGUAUGACACCACUACAAAAAGCAUCUAUUGUUAAAUUAGUUCAAAUUGGUUUAGCGAAACAUACACGUUAUGGUAUGAAACCAGUUAUAGCUGCAGUUGGUGAUGGUGGUAAUGAUGUAGCUAUGAUUUUACAAGCUAAUAUUGGCGUUGGAGUCUAUGGAAAAGAAGGUCGUGAAGCAGUUAGAGCCGCGGAUUAUUCAGUGACACAGUUCAGACAUAUUCAACGAUUAUUUUUGUUACAUGGACAUUGGUCAUAUUAUCGUAUUACAAUAACCAUGUUAUUUUUUUAUCAUAAAUCUGUUGCAUUUGUAUCUAAUCAAUUAUGUUUAAUUUAUUUUAAUGGUUAUUCAGAUAUUCCAUUAUUUGGUACCAUUUUAUUUGUAUGUUAUAAUUUAACAAUGACAUUUUUAGUUAGUUUAGGUUAUGGAAUGUUUGAACGUCAUAUUCAAGAAAAGAUUCUAUUGAAUAAACCAUAUUUAUAUAAAGAAAUAUCACAUCAAGCAAAUUUAAGAGCAUGGUAUAUUCUUUUAUGGAUUCUAGAUGGUAUAUGGCAUGGUGUUGUAACAUUUUUUAUACCAUUCUUUUGCUUAGCUGGUGGUAAUUUAUAUGCUGAAGCUAUUUUCUAUGAAACUAAGAAUAAUUCAUAUAGAAUUUAUGAUUUUACAAUGAUUGGUAAUGCAUCAUUUAUUUAUUUAUGGAUUGCUGUAACAUUACGUUCAACAAUAUGGACAAGAGAUUUUAAUAUGAUGUUAAUUAUGUGUCAUAUUGGGACAACCUUAAAUGUUGUCAUUUUAUUUCUUUUUCAAACAUUUGUUCCUUCUACAAGUAAUGAAUAUCAAAGAUAUGCUCAAUUAUGUCGAAGUCCUGCAUUUUGGCUCACAUUCCCAUUAACUGUUUUUAUAGCCAAUAUUCCAGGAUUAAUUUGGCGUUUAGCCUCAGAUACAUGGUGGACUAUACGUAUUGAAUUGAAAAAUUCACCUAAAAAAUCCCAGCGUAAAUCUUAUUUGAAUAAUCCAUUAGUUUGGUUGAAAGCAUUCGUUUUUGGUCAAACAGAAGAAAAUGAACCAAUCCUUCAGAAAAAUGAAAAUGAUAUAAACACUUUUAAAGAACAAAUAAAUCAUAGUUACCAGUCAUAA